CAAUCUCUCUCUCUCUCUCCAUUUACUGUCUGCUCGCCAUCUCCCGUCUCCUACUCAUCCUCUUCUCGUCUUGGUCUGCUCUUCUUGUCAUCCCAUCCAUCACUUGCUGGCUUCAAAUCGCAUUUACCUCAACAUCCCCCUCCACCCCCCUCCACCCUAUUGCCCGCGCCUCACCGGCCAGGCCACCCCACAACUCGGUUCGACUACUCCAUCCCACUCCCAUGAACGGCGCCCUCGGCGAGUCCUCCAUCAAUGGCGAGGAGCGCCGUCGCUCGGGGCCGUACCCCAAGCCUGGGCGCAGCAACUCGAACCAAAGCGUGCAAAGCCCGGACGAGGAGGGGCGCAGGUCUGGGUCGUUGACGAGCUGCGAGACAUGUCGGAAGGGCAAGCGCCGCUGUGAGCCGUCGCCGCUCGUACCUCCCGACCACCCCGACGCUGCCAAGCUCCCCUGCGCCCGAUGCCGGCGCUUCGCGCUCGAGUGCAUCCGCCUGCGUGUGACCCGGCGCAAGGGACCGGCCCCAGUGGACCUAAGUGCCAUCUCGGAUGCGCAGCACGGCUACGGCGGCCAAGGUGAAGAGGUCAAGCCAAUGAUCAGCCACGACAGCAGCCAACCUCCCCUGCCACUCCCGUCCCCGUCAUUCCCCCUGCUUGCCGGUGCGUCCCCCAACGUCGACAUGCUUGCGACGAACAAUCUCGACGAUGUAGCGUCCAAAACGGUCGUGGACAAUAUCAUCGACUUGUUCUUCAACUACGUCUACCCUCUCACGCCGUGUCUACACCGGCCGACGUUCCUCGCGGACCUCGCAGCGCGCAAGGACAAGACCGAUCCCAUUUUCUUUGCACUAGUGCUCUGCGUUCUCGCUUCCACUCUCGUGCAGGUGCCGCGCAAACUCGUAAACCUGCAGAAGGACGAAGUGGAAAGUCUCGCGCGCCGUUGUGUGCGGGUUGCCCGGCACAAGAUCUCAUAUAUCUGGGACGAGCCAUCACCUAUGCGCUCCGAGUUCAUCGUCAUCUUCUACUUUGAGGGCAUCGUGCACCUGAUUCUGGGAAACAACACUGCACACGUGAUUGUGACGGCGCAGGCGAACCAGUGCGCUCUCGCCCUGAGGCUGAACGAGGAGUCUAGUUAUGAGGACUUGAAUCCGAUCGAGUCGGAGAUCAGACGGCGCAUUUACUGGCUCCUCUUCCAGGCCGACAAGAGCACGGCAUGCAACCGCAACCGUGCCAUCAAUCUGCGGCUCGACGACGCCCCGGGUCUGCGGCUUCCCACCGAGGUCGACGACGAGCAGAUCACAGCCAAUGGUAUUCUGCCACAGCCACCAACGCGCACACCCACGAUCGCGGGUUUUAAUAUUGUCACCAAUCUCUUCCGCGUGCUAAACGACGCGUUGCUGCUCCAGCGGAGACGCACGCCGCCCACGGUGGAAGGCAUCAUCGCCGACCUGCACACGAUUGCGCGCUUGAGUCAUGACAUCUCGGACUUCACGAACAAGGUUGCAAGCCCGCUACGUAUCCGCUUCUCGCUGGACCACGACUCACGCGCGGCCUCCCCGGCGCAGGGGUGGGAAGCGGAUAUGACGGCGCGCAUCCGCGACUUUUUCGCGGACGUGACGGCACAGGACCAUGUGAACAGCUUCAAGGUGAUGCAGGGCAACAUCCUCGUCACGCGCCAGGUCGUGCGCCUUGUUCUGCUGCAGACGCGCACGGCGCUUCUCGCCCAACUUGGUACUCUGACGAACAUGCCCCCAGAGGCGGUACCGGGGCUGGCGGGGAUGCAGAGCGCCGAGACGCCGCUGGACAUUGCGUUCGACCUGCUCGACGGGCUGAACAAUCUUCCGCACGAGUGCGUGGCUGUGAAUGGCCCGAGUUUGGUGCAGAAGGUCCGCUACGUCGCGAUCCAGCUCAUGGAGGGAUGGACGCAGGCGUCGCCGCAAGCGCAGCGAGCGCAAACCCUGCUCAUGCAGUUCCUCUCGGUGCUGUGCAUUAUCGAGGAGCUGUACUCGUUUGGGCGCGAGGUAUCUGCAGAGUAGCUAGGUGGAGGGUGGGGGUGGGCGGUGUUGAUGCCCAUGGACAAUGCAUCGUGUAGC